AUGUAUUCUCUUCAUGAUUUCAAAUUCCCAGAAGAUUGGAUUGAACCACCUGCAAAUGAUAAGUGUAUAUACACUUGUUAUAAAGAAGUUGUUGAUUUUAAAUUAUUUGAAGAAAAUAAAAAAACACUUGAAUAUUAUUAUGGAACAAUUUCCAGUACAAUUUAUUUAUAUCCUUUAUGUAACUAUGAACAACUUUUGGUUGCAUCAAGAUAUCUUACAGUUUGUUUUGUAGUUGAUGAUUUUUUAGAGAGUAAAUUAACAAAUCCAGAUGACUCUAGAGAAUUAAUUAAAAAAUUGGAACAUAUUUUUAUGGAUGGAAAUUUUUAUGAUUCUAAUAAUAUUUCAAACAUUGAAAAAUAUGUUUUAUAUUUUAGAGAAACAACCAAACAAUUUGUUGGUGAAAAAAUUGAAUUCUUUAAUCAAUUUUUAAAAUUUAUUAUUGAUUGGAUUAAUUCAAUUAAUCCAUUUAAUAGAGCUGAUAAUUUAAAUAAUUAUGAUAGUUAUAAUUUUUUUAAAAGAACUAAUUCUGGUACAUAUGUUUCACUUUCAGUUGCAAUGCUUUUAUAUCCAAAUUCAAAGAUUGAUCCAAAAAUUUGGAUUAAUCCAAGAUUUGAUAGAUUUGCAACUAAUGGUGGAUACCAAAUGGCUACAAUGAAUGAUUGUGCUUCCUAUGCAAAAGAAAUUAGAAAUAAUAAUCAUUUAACUAACCCUUUACAUUUUUUACAAAAUCAAGUUGGUUCAUUUGAUAAUGUUUAUAAAGUAAUUUUAAAAUUUAAUGAUGAAAUUAUGAAUCAAAUUUGUGAAGAUGAAAGAAUUUUACUUUUAGAAUGUCCAAUUGAACAAAGAGAUGAUUUAAAAUUAUUAACAAGAUCAAUGAAAUUAAUAUUGGGUGGUAAUUAUUUAUGGUCAUUACAAUGUUCAAGAUAUGUUGAUAUUAAUUCACCAUUCAUUGAACAAAGAUCAAAUGAUCCAAAUGUAAUUGCUUAUGAAAAAAUUGUUGAUAAAAUUUUAUUAAAAUAA